AGAGCGGGUUGGGGGUGGGCCUGGGACCGCUUUCCCGAGAGCGAGCGCCCGCCUGGACCGCCACGGGGAGAGAGAGAUGGCAGGCUCGGGCAGCUCCCCAGCGGCUCCGCGGUGAUAAAACUUGAGAAAUAACUAGGAGGGGCUGCUCUACGUCUCCUGGGUCCAAUCCGGUUUCAGGAGAGAACACGCUCCCGGGCAGACAAGCCUGAGAGAGGCCAAAGCGACUACAAGACAAGCAACAGCCAGCAAAGCUCCUCCCGCGCCUUUGCUCUCGGCUUCGCCGCCCUGCGCCGGCCUUCUCCUGCCCCUGUCCCGCGCAGGCAGGGAUGGCCGCCGCCGGUCUCCGGGGGCCACUGUAUGAAGCCCUCUGCAUGCAGCUGCUGCUGACCCUGUUGGUCUUCACUUUUGCUGGUGAAGCCUGUAAAAGGGUGAUAUUUAAUGUACCCUCUAAGCUAGAGGCAGACAAACUGAUUGGCAGAGUUGAUUUGAAGAAGUGUCUCACGUCUGCAGACUCUGUCCAGUCAAAUGAUCCUGAUUUCAGAGUUCUGGAUGACGGUUCCGUGUACACAGCCAGGGCCACUGUGUUGUCUAGUGAGAAAAGAUCAUUCACCAUAGGACUUUCUGACAGGAAGACACAGACCCAGAAAGAGAUUUAUGUGCUCCUGGAACACCAGAAAAAGGUGUCGAAGAAAAGACACACUAAAGAAACUGUUCUCAGGAGAGCCAAGAGGAGAUGGGCACCUAUUCCUUGUUCAAUGCAAGAGAAUUCCCUGGGCCCCUUCCCUCUGUUUCUUCAACAAGUUCAAUCUGAUGCAGCACAGAAUUACACCGUCUUCUACUCAAUAAGUGGGCGUGGAGUUGACCAAGAACCUUUAAAUUUGUUUUUCAUAGAAAGAGACACUGGAAAUUUGUAUUGCACCCAGCCCGUGGAUCGUGAGGAAUAUGAUGUUUUUGAUUUGAUUGCCUACGCAUCAACUGCAGAUGGGUACUCGGCGGAUUUACCUCUUCCACUUCCCAUCAAAGUGGAGGAUGAAAAUGACAACCACCCUAUUUUCACAGAAACAAUUUAUAAUUUUGAAGUUCCAGAAAGUAGUAGACUUGGUACAACAGUGGGAGUGGUAUGUGCCACAGACAGAGAUGAACCAGAUACAAUGCACACACGUCUGAAGUACAGCAUUUUGGAGCAGAAUCCGAAAUCACCUGGGCUCUUUUCUGUGCAUCCCAGCACAGGUGUGAUCACCACAGUUUCUCACUACUUGGACAGAGAGGUUGUAGACAAGUACAAAUUGAUAAUGAAAGUCCAAGACAUGGAUGGUCAAUUUUUUGGAUUGUCCAGUACAUCAACUUGUAUCAUAACAGUAAAAGAUUCAAAUGACAAUGCACCUACUUUCAGACAAAAUGCUUAUGAAGCAACAGUAGAUGAAAAUACAUAUAAUGUGGAAAUCUUACGAAUACCUAUAGAAGAUAAGGAUUCAAUUAAUACUGAAAAUUGGAGAGCUAAUUUUACCAUUUUAAAAGGAAAUGAAAAUGAUUAUUUCAAAAUUAGCACAGACAAAGCAACUAAUGAAGGUGUUCUCUGUGUUGUAAAGCCACUGAAUUAUGAAGAAAAUCAUCAAAUGAUCUUAGAAAUUGGAGUAAACAAUGAAGUUCCAUUUAUUAGAGAGAUUGCAACCAGAGUACCCACCAUGAAUCGAGCUUUGGUUACUGUUCGAGUGAAGGAUCAGGAUGAAGGGCCUGAAUGUAACCCUCCAGCUCAGUAUGUGCGAAUUAAAGAAAACUCAGCAGCGGGGUUAAAGGUCAAUGGCUAUAAGGCAUAUGACCCUGAAACUAAAAAUAGCAAUGGCUUAAGAUACAAAAAAUUGCAUGAUCCUAAAGAAUGGAUCAGCAUAGAUGAAAUUUCGGGAUUAAUAACAGUUUCCAAAGUCCUGGACAGAGAAGUUAUGGCUCCCAGAAAUGAUGUUUAUAAUGUUACAGUCCUGGCAAUAGACCAAGAUGGCAGAUCAUGUACUGGAACGCUUGCAGUGAACAUUGAAGAUGUGAAUGACAACCCGCCCCAGUUACUCCAAGAUUACCUUGUAGUUUGCAAACCAAAGAUGACUUAUGUUGACAUUUCAGCCAUCGAUCUUGAUGAACCUGUCCAUGGAGCUCCAUUUCAUUUCAGCUUGGCAAACACCUCUCCAGAAGUCAAUAGAAUAUGGACCAUCAACAAAGUUAAUGAUACAGCUGCCCGUCUGUCAUACCGGAAAAAUGCUGAACUUCAAAAAUAUAUCAUUCCUAUUACUGUGAAAGACAGAGCGGGCCAAUCUGCAACCCGAAACUUGCGAGUUGAUCUCUGUGACUGUACUCAUCCCAGCCAGUGUGCUUCAACUUCAAGAAGUGCAGACGUGUCACUUGGAAAAUGGGCCAUCCUUGCAAUAUUACUGGGCAUAGCACUACUGUUUUCUGUAUUGCUGACUUUAGUAUGUGGAGUUGUUAGUGCCAGAAAAGGUAAAAGUUUCCCUGAAGAUUUAGCACAGCAGAACUUAAUUAUAUCGAACACAGAAGCACCUGGAGAUGAUAGAAUGUGUUCUGCUAAUGGAUUCACAGCCCAGACUGCCAACAACUCUAGUCACGGCUUUUGUGGCACCUUGGGAUCUGGAAUCAGAAAUGGAGGGCAGGAAACUAUCGAAAUGGUGAAAGGACACCAGACCCUGGACUCCUGCCGGGGGGCUGGGCAUCAUCACACGCUGGAUUCCUGCAGGGGAGGACACAUGGAUGUGGACAACUGCAGAUACACUUACUCCGAGUGGCACAAUUUCACUCAGCCCCGACUUGGAGAAAAGUUGCAUGUGUGCAAUCAGAAUGAAGACCACAUGCCAUCGCAAGACUAUGUCCUCACAUAUAACUACGAAGGAAGGGGAUCUCCAGCUGGUUCUGUAGGUUGCUGCAGUGAAAAACAGGAAGACGAUGGACUUGACUUUCUAAAUAAUUUGGAACCCAAAUUUCUUACAUUAGCAGAAGCAUGCACGAAGAGAUAAUGUCACAGUGCUGCAAUUAGACAUGUCCUUGGGAGGCAUUCUGGAUGUUUCAAAAUCAGAUAUACAUGGUCCUGGACUUAACAAUGGUUUGACUUACAAUUUUUUUGUUGUUGUUGUUGUUUUCUUUUUUUACUUUGUGAUAAUCUGAAAAUGAUACAGAUUCAUGGGACACUGGACUUUGAAAUUUGAAUUUUGACCUUUUCCCAGUCUGACAAUAGGCUUUAUGACACUCUUGUAAUGCUGUGCAGUAGCAAUGAGCCUCAGCUCCCAGUCAGUCGGGCCAUCAGGAUGAGAAGCAACUGAUGCUUCACAGGGUAUUGCAUUGCUAAGCUACGGUGUUUGGUAAAUAAGGUGUAUCAAAUGCAUUUUCAGUUUAAUGACGUUUUUGGCUUAUGACAGUUUUAUUGAAACAAACCCCCAUCAUAUGUAUAGGAGCAUCUGUAUAUAUAAUGGAUUUUUCUAGAUUUUGAAUUAUAUCACUUACCAAGUUUGUAUUUUAGAAGCAAUUUGUUAUUUAUCUUUUCCAAGAAGUGAAAAAUGUUAAAACAGACAACUAGCAAAUAUCAUGCUAUAGUAUUGGAAUUACGGUCUAUAAAGGAUCUACUCUCUAAAGAUAUUUUUCUGAUAAAUGUUUUGGGUAAAUAUUAGUUCAUAAAUAGUAAAGCUAUUAUUAUAUACUAAUUUCAAGGAGCAGGUUAAAAAUAGACAAGAAAUAUUAAAUAUGAACAAAAUUUUGAGAAAAAAAUCAUUAAGAAUAAGUUAAAUUAAAAUUUUUGUUGCUCUGAAGAUUUGGGACCAACCCUCACCCCAUUCCCACUAUCAAAUUCCUCAUUUGACCUUGAAGGCAAUAUUUGCUGAACUAACCUAUCGAGUGGCAAUAGUCUAUAGGUAUAUAGUUUGAAAUUAAUAUGUAUGGGUAUGAAAUUAUUAUCAAUUUAACAUUAAAAAUGAAAUUAAAACAAAAAUGAAACAACUUAAAAUGAGGCUGGGCUGAGGUUUGUCCUUUAAUAACAAUCAGAGGUUUUAAAAAAACCAGAGCUUCUUAUGCCUAGUUCUUACAUACUAUGUGAUAACUGAGUGUAUCAGGACGGUUUAUGUCCACAUGUAUAAUUUGCUUAAACUUGUAAGCAAAUUAUACUUGUCUUUUAAAUUAUACUUCUUCCAUAGGAAGAAAGGAGGGAAGCAACUGGAACAGUAAAUUUGUUUUGCAGUAUAAAGAUUUCUGUGUCCACAAAUUAGUAACAGACAAGUAAAUACUCACCAUAGUUAGGACUCCCAGCUUUCUGGUGGAAGGUUCCAGAAAUAAGUUGUUUUUCCUGGUAGCAAAUACUAAAACCAUAUUUUAAACAUUAUCUCUGCUGAAAUGAAAUCCUCUAUCAUUUUUUUCUCUCUCUUCAAUUUAUGAACAUCUUUUUUAUUUAGAACCAAAUACCCAUGUCUUCUAAGUCACAGUGUAGUGGCUACAUGGGGUGGGGAGGCAGAUCUUACUGAGACCAUCCAGUUGGCAGUGACUGUCCAUCAACUCAAUCCUAUAAAUUCUCAUCCUUUAUACUGUAUUCUAAUCAGAAACAGGGAGCUAUGACAUGUUUUCCUGACUCACUGUCUUGUUAUAAAGUGGCACUGGCUUGAUUCAAGAUAACCCAGGUUUCAAGAGCCCCCUUCUUUUAUUUCUCUCUCAUCCCUGUCCCCCAAACUUCUAGGAGACAUUCACUUAAAUGGCCAAUACUCUAGAUUUUCAAUCAUCUUUCCGUGUAAAUUAUUGUUUUUUAAUCAAUUUAUUUUGGAACAAGAAAUGUUGCAUAGGAGAAAUCUGGAAUUCAGAAUGCAUGAAAGAAAGAAAUCAAGUUGUCCUUGAGAAUACAGCGAAGGGCAGACCCAAGAGAUCAAAUUGUCAUUUUGGAAGAGGGCCAGCCUGAGUGGCAUAUUUGGAAAGUCAGAGAGCAACAGGCCUUCAAGGUCAUGGAGAGACACCAGCAAAUGCUGGGAGUGGUAGUGAAGGCCAGUGGUCUGCCUCAUAACUCUUUCCUAGGCCUGGCCCUACUUUUCCCUUCUUAAGUCAGUGCAGCAGUGGUUUGAUUGUGGAGAACCCCUUCAUCAUGUCUCUUCUUGUUUGGAGUGUGGAAUAGGGAGAGGGUGGGCUGCUUGAUGAACCUGAGGCUUUCAGGAUGGGUCUGAACUGGUUGUGCAGAACAAACAAGGCACUCAAGAAGAAAGCUUGAUUCCCUCUGGACAUGAAGAAGGUCUUUACCCUAAAAGUGGUUCUAAACUUCGGAUUGGGUUCUCCAUUUUCUUUUCUCUCAUUUACUGCUGAAAUCUAGGUUUUUUAGACUUAGAUUUUUGAUACAGUCAUUUUCCAAGACUUCUAAUUUUAAUGUAAUCAUUUUAACAUGUAGAAUUAUUCUUUUCUUCCAUGUGUAAGGUGAAAAUUAUGCUAUUUUAGUGUGUAAGAAAAUCUUUUUUUUAAAAAAAGAACUUUACAUUUUUUCCCUUGGGUUUUUAAAUUGUAAAUAUGCAGAUUUUUUUCCUUACAUUUAUAAGGAAGCAGUUAACUAUCUCAAGUGCAAUGGGGUUUAUUUUGCCAUGUUUUAAAUACAGCUUUAAUUUUGUCAUUAGAAGAAGCUACUUUGUUUUAAAGAAACUUGGCAGGCUAAAAUAAGCAAAGAUUCAAUGUGUAAAGAGUACUUACAGUCAUACAAUAUAAUAAAACAGUGCUAAUAUGG